CAGUCAUCGCUACACCCCCGUGUUUACCGUGUGGUGUAGACUGAGACUGAAGCGCUUCUCCCCACUCAAACCUUCACGUUCGCAUUCAUCCAGUGGUUGGUGUGGGAUCCGGUCGCGUCCUUCUCCCGCAGCAGCAUCAUCAUCAUCAGCGCUCGUCAUGGAAACCCGUCUUCCUCAUUCAGUGAUGUGAUGUGCGCUCGUUCACCGGCGCUCGCCGUUUGUCAUCAUCAUUAUCGGCGGUGGCGGACGGAGCGGACACACAGUAGCGGAUUCUCUGCUCAGCUUCACCAGAGGAUGUACCGAGCUACCGGAGGGAAACGGCGGAGAGUCUUUCCGGGGGCCCUUCCGUGAGAAACCAACGAGAACGGAGCGGAUAGACGCGGAUUUUUCACUCGAUCUGUGCGAAAAAUGGGGUUAUGGGAUGGCAAAUUUCAAUUUCGUACUUGGAUCCUGGGCCAGAUGCACUGAAAAUGCUGACGUUUAGCUUUCUCCAGGUACUGUAGACCUCUGCGGCUUUGAUCUCAGAAUGACACAAAGUACUGGGAGGAUUUCGCUGUAUUUGUGGAGCGCACCAGACCGUCCGACCCAUCUCACGUGAUGCUGAGCAUGUAAAGAUCCGGACUGAGGGGUCGCCCUCCAGGGCCGUCGUCUCUCUUCAUCUGGGAUCAUGUUCUAGAGUCGACCUUGCACAGCAACCAUGAAAGGCUUAGGGGCCAACCGUAGCCGCCAUCUGUCCGACAACUGCGACCCCACAGCGGGCCCCCAGGAGCCCCUGUGUCCCUUGGCCCCGGACCCCCACGCCACCUUCCUCCUGAGCCCCACAGUCAACCAUUACGCCACUCUGGAUCCGCACCUCCAUCACUUUCCUGUUUCCACUCCGACGACGCUGCAGUCGGACUGCCUGCUGCCCCUCAACAACCAGCUGACCAACAGCAGCACCUUCCCUCGCCUACACUACACCAACCAGCCGGAGCAGAGCGACUACGCACAGCAGGCAUGUGUGGCUCAGACGGGCAGUCGCUCGGGCACCCUCACGUCCUCCAUGUCCAUGGGCAUGAAUUUGGGUCUGGGACUGGGCGCUCCCGCCAUGAUCAGCAGCGGCACGGCCACCAUCUCAUCCGCGGCCGCCGCCAAGAUGAACCGGCUCCCGGCUAACCUGCUGGACCAGCUGGAGCGCCACCUACCGCUGCAACGGGACGGCUUCAGCACACUGCAGUUCCACCGGCGCAGCCGUGGCUCCAAGCAGCGCAGCGAGAGUCCCAGCCGCAUCCGCAACCUGGUGCAAUCUGUCCAGAAACUCUUCGCCAAGUCCCAAUCCCUGGAAGUGUCGGCGGUCAAAGGGAGCAUCACCGCGGGCCAAGCCGGCGACGCGGCGAAAGCCACCCGGCGAAGCAAAAGCAAAGACCGUGCCAAGACCGAAGGCACCAAACGCCGUCCGCGACCCAAUCUCUCAGGCUUCUGGAGCUCGGAUGACGGUUUGGAGGAUGAGCCGCCGGCUCAACCCGCCGCGGGGCCGUUAGCGGUGGCAUAUCGAAACCCGCUUAGCAUGAUGACACUGGGUAGGGCCGUGUCGGACAGUCAGGCGGCGCCUAGACCGCACCCGCAGGGCUACAACACCAUCGCGGCACAUUCGCUCAAAUCCUCCAAGAGCAGCGGCGACCUCAAGCCCACGGUCAGCCUGCCGCCCUCCACGGGCCAGACGGGGGAACACGCGCUGGUGAAGAGGGGCUCGUGGUCCACGCUGACCCUCAGUCAGGCCCGACAGGUGCUUCAGAAGGGCUCGGCCACUGUCAACCGCACCCUGCUAAAGUCCAAGUCCUGCCACGGCCAGGAGAUGACCUGCAACUUCCUACAGGUGCCUGCGGGUGACUGGAGCGGGACGCUGGGUAAGGCAGGAGGCGGUGCGGGUGAGAUCCCAUGCAGACGGAUGCGCAGCGGCAGUUACGUUAAAGCCAUGGGAGACAUGGAGGACAGUGACGACUCAGAUAGUCCUCCUUCACCCAAACCCUCGCCCAAAACUGCCGCCAGACGCCAGAGUUACCUGAAGGCCACGCAACAUUCGCUCAGCGAACAGCAGCCGCUGCUACCGCCACGCAACUGUAUGCCAUCUCUAUGUGAGGUCUCCACCAAUCGCAGCCUGGAUAACCUGGACUGUCUGAUGGGAGCGGAUGAGGCCGGUCUGCAGCACUGGGAUGUUGAUGGGGGAUUCGGUCAGCGCUGCUCUACACUGGGACGAGGGUCUAACAUGAGCCAGGUGGAGCAGGGCUACCGGGCCAGCGCAGCUUACAGCCAGUUGGAAUCUCAGGCGGUGGAGGCCUUGGAUCUGCCCACACCCACCUGCUUUCGCUCGCGGAGCCACAGUUACCUGCGUGCCAUCCAGGCCGGAUGCUCUCAAGACGACGAUACGGGCUCUGUGGACUCCGAUGAGACGCCACCUAUAACCUCAUCCAUCAGCAGCUACAACAGCGCCACCAUCUCCACGUGUACGGCCGUGUGUAAGAAGAAUCCUCCACCUAUUCCUCCUCGCACCACCUCCAAACCCUACAUCGCGGUGACGGUCCAGAGCAGCACCGAAUCGGCCCAGGACACGUACCUGGACAGCCAGGACCAGCGCAGCGAGGUCAACAGCCAAUCAGGACGCAGCAACUCCUCCGACAGCAUCGCCAGCUCUCGGACAGGAAGUCUGGUGAAGGGCGCCAAGCGGCCACCCAUCCUGCCCCCUAUCCCCGCCCCGCGGGAACCCGUCCCCCUGCCCAGUGCUAGAGUGACCACGCCUCCUCCCGCCAUCGUCCCGCCCUCUCCCGCCCCGGACACUAAAAACGAGCCAGUGAGCCUCACUGUGGCACCUGAAGAACCGCAAGCCCUGCCCAAGAGAAAACUCUCAUCCAUUGGCAUUCAGGUGGAUUGCGUGCAGCCGAUUCUGAAAGAGGAACAAACUCCCACGACCAGGUUCCAGUCCAUCGGGGUUCAGGUUGAAGACGGCAGGCCACUCAGUCGCUUCACUAGCAUGGCGUCUAGACAGGAGACGACGGAUGCCGAAUCUCAGGAGCAGUCCGACGGUAAACCUUUGGAGAACAGGACACCCCACCAGUCUCUGGACUGCGGCAGCAGUUGCGUUCAUAAACCCUCGCGAGCGGACGUGAUGCGCACCGCUUCCGCCUCGCUGCAGGAGAAACUGGAUCCGGCGCUGGACCCGUCCUGCCUCCCGCCGCCCGACCCGUCUCUGCAGGCCGGGAGCGGCAGCGUGAACGGGGCCGUGGAGCAGCCCGGGGGCUCGGCGUGCCUCAGGGACGGACGCUGGUUCCAGAAGCUUCUGCAGGCCGAGACGGACCGCAUGGAGGCCUGGUGUCAGCAGAUGGACCAGGAGACCAAAGACAAACAGCUGUCAGAAGAGGUUUUGGGGAAGGUCCGCAGUGCCGUCGGCAGCGCUCAGCUCUUAAUGUCUCAGAAGUUCCAGCAGUUUCAGGGUCUUUGUGAACAGAACCUGGAUGUGAACGCUCAGCCGCGGCCCACGGCGCAGGAUCUGGCCGGGUUCUGGGACCUGCUGCAGCUCUCCAUCGAGGACAUCAGCAUGAAGUUUGACGAGCUCCACCUCCUCAGGUCCAAUGACUGGAAGAUGUCUGAGACCCAGGACAAAAAGGAGGAGAAGAAGUCCGCUCCAUCCCACACACCAAAGAAGACAGUAAAGGUCAAAACCACCGGCGGGAAGGAGAAAAGCAGCGACUCGGUGGCUGAAAAGCAGCGUCAGGAGGCCCGAAAGCGACUGAUGGCGGCCAAGCGAGCGGUUUCCGAACGGCAGAACUCCGCCACCGAGAGCGCCGAAAGCAUCGAGAUCUACGUUCCCGAGGCCCAGACGCGACUCUAAUAAACCAGAAAAUAACAAACUCCUCACGACCAGACGCUCUCUAGCGCUCACGGACACGCGUGCCCGUACGGAGCGCCGUGUGGCGCCGAAAGCGCCGACAAACAACGAGCAAAAAAUAUACAAAACAAAAGAGCAAAAAACUGAAUUGGAACGCUAGCGAGUCACCGCUGCCACAGAAGAACCUCCCCUCGACGUUAAUUUCUAUGGUUACCCUUGUUAUAAUUAUAAAUGUUAUAAAAGUUAAUUAUCUCAUGGAAAUAUAUCAAGACGUCUGUAAAUUGUGCUAAUAUCUCUGAUGAAAAGACCUUCAGAUCUCAGACCCUUUACACGCGUCACAUGACCCGCUUCACACGUCACAUGACCCACAGCAUGCACUCAGGAUCCCGCACGUGUGCACUUGUCUUUCAUCAGCGCAGUCUUCCUGUUCUCAAAACACCUUAUUUCUUUUUCCACCCGUUUUUGGAGCACGAAUGCGUGACUUUAUCACUCGAAUGGAAAUGUUUCGACGGUACAACGGAUACUUGAAGCGAAUCACCGUAGGAAGAGGUAGAAUAGCACAGCGGGAGCGGAUUUUAGCACUCUGCUAGUUUUGAUUCACUCUAGUAAAUUUUAACACCGAAACGCAUUCAGCUUGAUUUAUUUUUCACAUAAAAGCGCACAGAGCACGUCGAACCAUCCAUCGGUCGGUUUCAAGUUAUUUAAUAGGGUUAAAACAUGACCACUCCACUUUGUUUUUAUGAUGAAUGUUUUAAAAACUCAAUGACAAUGUCCAGAUUUUUACUUGGGCCAACAGUCUGUUUCGUUUUGUAAUGUUAUUAAUAUUAUUAUAAUUUUAAACUUUCUGUUGUUUUUGUUGUCCAGUCAUUCCAUGUGUUUCCAGCACACGGUUUCCAGAUGAUUUCGGAUUGGUUCAAACCGUGUGUCUGUGUGUGACCAAUCAGAGCCCUUAAUUUGUGAUCCAACAUGUUUUUUUUUUUUUUUAAUUCUUAUGAUUUUCUUUGUCAGAUAUUAAAAACUUCCGUUACCCAGAACUUGCUGAUUUGGAAAAGUUGUUUGAGAUUUGAACACAUUGAGGCUGAAAGUGUCAGUAUUUACACACAAGGUUUACUUCUGGUUAGCUGUGCAUAUUUAUAACUAGGUUAAACUAGGUAUGUUCCUGGAGAAUCACUGCCGGUUUGUUCAUGUGCCAAUUUGUUGCAGCCAAAGGUGGAAAAUUAAGUUUAAAUGAUGAAUGAAAUGAAUGUUUGUGCAGGAGAUUUGAUGCCGCUUUCAUUAACGUUUUCAAAGUUUGCAUUCCAUUAUAAAGGAAUAGUUUAGCAAAAAAUGAAAUUUGCUGAAACUUUACUCACCUUCAGGUCAUCUAAGAUGUAGAUGAGUUUGUUUCCUGAAAUGCAGCAUUGCAUCACUUGCUCACCAAUGGAUCCUCUGCAGUGAAUGGGUGCCGUCAGAAUGAGAGUCCAAACAUCUGAUAAAAACAUCACAACUAAUUCACACCACUUUAGUACAUCAGUUAACACAUUGUGAAGUGAAAUGCUGUGUUUGUAAAAAAAAAAAAAAAAAAUCUUUACAAUGUUUUAACUUUCUCCAUGAAAUCAAAAUUAUUUUUGCUUUUUAUUAUGAAUAUGUUAACCUUAAGGUUAUCUAUAAGCUAGUUUGGUCCAAAACAACGACAAAACUUACAGUAUCUCACUUCCGCCAAUAUGAAUCAACAAUUUUGAUGACAUCACGCUGCACUUCAGCUUCUCAUCAAACUUUGUCCAAUCAAAUGCUCUCUAGAAUCCGAAGCGCCCCGCCCCCUACAGUAUAAAUAGACGCUGAAGUCGUGGCUGAGAUCGGUGACUUGUUCACAUUGUUAGUAUUUGCUGUACGGUGAAUGGCAUGUAGUGCACAAUGGAGGCGAUAGGAAACAAUUCAGACAGAGUAAAUAUGUUUUCGACUGGGGCAAAUGACCUCUGGUUUUGUUACUUGAACCGCGGCAGCGCGCACGGUCUGCACGGAGCGGAUCAUAUGUGCGAGUCGGCAUAUAUUAAACAUUUUUAAAUUAUGAUCACUAUUUUAUUUUAGUAAGAGUUUCAUAUUGAGCCUAGGGGGUAAUAAUUUACACUGUGGCUUUACCGAGCUCAACGGCUCUGGCCCAAGCAAAUAUAAACUAACUGCUAUUGGCUAUUUUUAAAAAAAGGGGGCGGGGCUGCCCGAUAUGUCCCGCCCUGUUUUCCUGUUUCAGUUAAAAUUACAUCAUCACAAGGCACUUCAGUGGACCUUUAAACUGUCACUUCUGGCUAAAAUAUAUUUUGAUGAAAAACGAACUCAUUUUUAUCUUGGAUUGCCUUAGGGGUGAGUACAUUUUCAGCAUGCUCAUUUUUGUGCGAACUAUUGCUGUAAGUGCAUCAAAGCAAAGUUUGUUCUGUAUCAGACCUUGAAGUUUCCUGCUGGCUCAUAUGAAUGUUUCAGAAGUUUGAUUUUCACAGCAUUAAGUUCAAACUUGCUUCAGUUUGGAUUCAACAUGUGGAUGAUGAUAAGUGUUUGAACACGAAUCACGUUGAUCACCGUUCCAGUUGCUCAUUUAAUGAUGAUUGAGGCAUGAACUGAGUUAUUCAUACUGGACUUGCCCUCAACACAUUACCUGUUGGGUUGAAGAUGUUUUUGUUAUGUAAUAUUUUUGUGGAAACCAUGAUGCAUGACAUUUAAAAGUUUGGAUUAAAUAAGUUUUUUUUUUAAUUAAGCUCAUCAAAACUGACAGUAAAGACAUUUUUGUUAAGGGAUAUAUUUCUAAUUUUAAAUAAAUGCUUUUUAACUUUC